CCAACAAACGAGCAAGCAAAACACAACAAAAUGAGAAUAUUAUGUGCGGGACUUGGGAAGAGCGCGCGUGAGAGCGCUGGUUGCUUGCUGCUGAUGCGAUGUGCUACUUCGACGGCAGUGGGCUUGGUUGCGCUUGAACAGUUUGUUCUCGGACUUUUCGCUGGUUGGAGGCGGCUUUCUGUCGCUCAGUGCGCGCGCGUUCAACGGAGCAAACCGCAAGAAAUAAGAGAGCACACAAGUGAGCAGAAAUCAAAUGAAAAUAUUGGAAAAAGUGUGAUUUAGAAGUGAGAUUUUGAGGGUUUGGGCGAUUGUUUCGCGAUGGUUAGAGUGUGAAUCGAAAGUGAAGGGUGGAAAAUUUGAAUUUUCCGCUAAAACGAGGGGAGAAUCCGACCGGAAGUGCCUGAAAAAAGUGAUUCUUUGCGUGCUAUUUUGACACGGAUUUAGACAUACAGAGAGUAGGCAGUUCAAUAUCAGCGGCCCAAAACACUACCACAACAGCGUUGGACCAUCAGGGCAUAGAGAGUGUAUGUUACGAUACGACGUUUUGGCCUGCUGUUCGAAUGCCCGCGCUGGCUGAUGACGACGGUUAGCUGUAUUUAGAAGCAUCGUCCCGUUGCGCUCGUUCGCGCUAGUGUGCAAACAUACCGCACACUCUGCUGCUCGAGGCAUGAUCCCAUAUAGAACACUAUUCUGGGUACCGUCCGUCGUCCGUCCGUGCUCAGUGAAUUGUAGCUGUAAAUGCGCGACAUAUUAGUGCGCGGGCUGUAUUAUUGCGUCCGCCACCGCCGUCAACUCCGUCGUCGGUUGCUCUCUCGCGCGAGGUAAUGAGAUGUGUUUAUAUAAGUACACAGAAACAUAAAAAUAAAUUCAUUGAAAACGAAAAUAAUUCUACAUCAGUGAGUGCUUGCUGCGCGGAGACAGUUUCCAACAUGAAGAAUUAUCAUCGGCAAAUUCCUGCUUCGAUUCGCUUGGGCAAAGUGAGACGACACUCGGCAAAUAAAACAAGCAAUUAAUUUCGGGUGAAAAUCAGCCAAGGAAAAACUACUCCCCGUGUAUGGUGCCGUAGAGCGAGCGAGUGAGGCAAGAAAUUAGUGUGUAAAUAUCAGAGCGACGUGAUUAAAAAUAAAAUGCCCAGAUUAAUUGCCGUCGACGUCGUCGUCGGCAUUUGGAUGCUGCUGCUGUCGCUGCCGGCGGCGGUGGUGCACUCAGCGUCGUCCUCGUCGUUGCCGAUCGAUGGCCACUUCGGGACGGAUUGGGACCAGGACGUUACUGGGAUUGUCGCCAGUGGCGACUGUCCCCGGCUCUGUUCGUGCCUUGGAAAUGUCAUCGACUGCUCGGAGAAGAGCUUGAAGCAGCUAUUCUACAUUCCACUGUGGGUGGAAAAUCUAGAGUUAUCGUCGAAUCGGCUUGGGUAUGACGCAGUUCAGGCGCAGGUGGUCAACCUCAGCAAACUACAAGUUCUCAACCUCAAUCACAACAACUUGGGCCGGAUACCGAGGUUUUCCGGACUGCUCAGCUUGAUCCGGUUACAGUUGGCCAAUAAUGGAAUCGAGGCUAUCGAAGUUGAAGCUUUACAAGCAUUGACGGGUCUCAAGUUCCUGGAUUUAUCCCGAAAUAAUAUCAAGGACGUCAACUACGGAUCAUUUCCGGCGAAAAAUAGUUUACAGUAUUUGAAUCUUAACUUCAACAAGUUGACCACGCUGGGGAAGGGAACGUUCCAGCGGUUACAGUCCCUGAAACGAUUGGAAAUCAACAGCAAUGCGCUGGAAGAAGUGCAAAGUCUAACCUUCCAAAACUUGAAUCAACUGAAGAGUCUGAAGAUGAACAACAACCGUAUCUCCAGUCUCAUGGAUGGCGUUUUCCAUGGGCUAACCACAAUUCAGACUCUGGAGCUUAACAACAACAGUAUUACCAGCAUCCGUAAGGGAGGACUGUUCAAUCUAACAAGCCUUACAAAUUUGGCCUUAUCGAGGAAUGCGAUCGUCGAGAUCGAACAGGACGGGUGGGAGUUUUCUCCGCGACUGUUCACACUGGACCUGUCCUACAAUCGACUAGAAUCGCUGGACAAGUAUACGUUCGAAGAACUGUCGCAGCUUAAAACUUUGAAUUUGGAGGGCAAUCAGAUCUCGGCUAUUGGUGAGGGAACGUUUAACAAUACGAAAAACUUGGAGGUGCUCUACUUGGGAAUGAACAAAAUCUCCUGGACCAUCGAAGACAUGAAGGGACCAUUCUACGGCCUGAACAAACUGGAACGGCUGUAUCUCAAUUCGAACGAAAUCAAAUCCGUCAGCAGGAAUGCAUUCAUUGGACUCAAGUCGUUGAUGCUGCUGGAGCUGAGUCAGAAUAACAUUUCGUCCAUCCAGAACAAUGCCUUCAAGGAUACGGUGCGGUUAAAGACUUUGAUCAUGAACUCCACCAACCUGUUGUGUGAUUGUAAUCUCGUUUGGUUUUACCACUGGAUGAAAGAACGGAAGGAUGUUUUCCAGCUGGACGCCGAAUGUAGUUACCCAAUAUGGCUGCGAGGUCAACUGAUCCGGGAACUGAGUGCUUCUAAUUUCUCCUGCUAUGACUCUCCAAAACCGCACCUCAUUGAUGAACCCAAAACACAGUUCGGAAUCCGUGGCACCAACGUCACGCUAGUAUGCACGGCAACUUCAACAGCCCCGGAUGUCAUGACUUUCAAAUGGAAGCACGACAAUCAAGAACUGCCCGAUUCCGACUCCGUCGUGACGCAGCUCAACAAUGACAAUGGAACCGUAGGAACAACCCAACUCACCAUCCCCUACAUCCAGAACGGGGCUGCCGGCAAGUACCAGUGCAUCAUCACCAACACCUAUGGGGUGGUCUAUUCCCAGAAGAUCAAGGUGACGGUGGGCACUUUCCCGUUCUUCAAAAAGACUCCUACCGACAUCAACGUUCAGGCCGGCAAAAUGGCUCGGCUGGAUUGCGCAGCUGCCGGGGAUCCCAAACCGCAGAUUUCCUGGGAAAAGGAUGGAGGCAAUGACUUCCCGGCGGCGAAGGACCGACGGAUGCACAUCUCGGCCGACGAGGAUGCUUUCUUCAUCAUGAACGCGCAAAUAGUGGACAUGGGAGUGUACACGUGCUCGGCGGAGAAUGCGGCUGGGGUGAUCAAAGCUAGUGCUUCGGUGCUGGUCUUGGAAUCGCCAAUUUUGCUGAAACCUUUGGAAACGAAGGUGGCGGAGUUGGGAACUUCGAUUGUGUUGGAUUGUUCCGCAUCCGGGUAUCCGAAGCCUUUGAUCCAAUGGUUUAAAGCUGGUGAGCUUCUGGUGAAUACUGAAAGACAUUUCAUAAUAGCCGAAGGCCAGUUGAUGAUAAUAGCGAAGACGGACUUCGACGACGCAGGGGACUACGAAUGUCAGGUGGAGAAUGAGUUUGGAAGUCAGAGAGGUUUGAUGAAAUUGUCGGUUGUGGAAGGUCCGGAGUUGGUUCACGAUGAUCUUCCAAACAGCAACACGAAGACGGUUGUAAAUGGUCAUGUGUUGAACGAUCGAGACAUUGUAGCGAUAGUCCUGAUCACGUUUGUAUGCUGUUGUAUUCUGACAUCCUUGAUUUGGUUAGUCGUCAUGUUCCGGAUAAAGAAGAGGAAUAAUGAAGAUUACGGUGGAUACCCAGACAAUCUACAGGCUAAUCAACAAAACCUGAUUGUUCGUAGCGGCAUUGGAUCGGCACCAGCUGGAUACUUUGAAUUUCUUAUCCCCAUGGUACAGAACGAACAAACCACUAACGUAGACGAUGAGGAGCAGAACCCUCCUUCCAAUCGCUGCUACUACACGGUUGUCCCAAAGGUUCCUCCCAAAACGCGUCGUAAUGGAGCGGAAUCCGAUGACAUGGAUGAUGAUCUCUCUUCCAAAGACUCCGGCACCGGCGGCGACUGUGGUUCCGCGACCGGAUCUACCACCAACGCUCAUCGCGGCAGCCACGACGAUCUCAAGUGUCUCUUCCAAACGCUCAAUCGCAAGACGGCCGAACUGGGAAGUGCGUAUCCCUACGACGAACAUGAUCCGGACUCGGACCCGCGGAUAGAACCGCCACCCCAUAUUCCUCCCAUCAAUGCCACUACGGCCGUUCUGGUCAACACGGAUCCGAACAAGAUCGUGUUCAGCGACGAUCUGCCACCGCCGAUCAUCUCCCGGAUGGCCAACUCGCAGACGUUCCCCACCUUUGUGCAUCCGUCGUCGGUGGCGUCGGCCUCGUCGCUGGUGGCGGCGUCUUCGAUGGAAGCGUCGGUUAGCGGGGGUCAGCAGCAUGCCGAACCCCAGCAGCAGCCUAGUCAAAUUCAGGUCAACAAGCUGUACCAGCUGUUGAUCGAGAACCCGGCACUUUUGGAGCAGCAGCAAAGGCAUCCAGGGGCGUCGGGGGGCAGUAGUAGUACGCUGAAUAGGGAAUUGGGAGAGGAACGGGGGAGGGAAGUACAAGGGGAGAAGGUGUCGGUAGGUGAGACAGAUUUGCGGGAAGCUGUGAUGUAAAUGAAGGAUGAAACGGAUGCAAUUGAGGUGGAGUUUCGGUGUUAACGUGUUUAGUUGGAACAGCUGGUCUGUUGAAAUAACAUUAUUUUUGUGGAGGCUUCUCAGUCUUGACAGAAUCAAAACUCUCUAAUUUUAUUUUGUUCAUCGCUUCGGUUCGUUUGGGACUUUCUUCAAGAACUCAAUAGUUACGGUGUUCUUUGCCAGUGUGGCAAGUUCUUUUUCACAAUUUAACGGACUUGUUUUAUCCCCGCUGUUGGGAGAAUUAAACCACUGCGAUUAAUAAGUUGAGCUUUUGUGGUAAUACGGAAUACCUAAUUGAUUUUUGUUUAAAUACUUUUGUAUGCAUACGAAACUUCAUCUAACCCUCCCAUAUAUUUUGAACAUCAGGUCAAGGGUAACCCAGUCACAGCUUUUCCAAACUGUCAACCUUUUGAAAUAAGUCAAAGAACAAAAUAAUACUAUGGACCUAUGUUCAUCGCCGAUACAACCGACACAGCUCUGAAUGCAGAGACAAGAUUUCUGUCUUUAAUCACCAAAAUCCAUCCCAGUUAGAAGUAGUGUAAAUUUUCCAUAGCAUUAGUGUUAGUCUCAAACAAAGACCAGUUCCUUCUUAAAACCUAUAGUAGAGUUAUACAGGAAGUUAGAUCUUGUCCCAACACUACUUGAACCAUUGACAACGGUGAUCUGCAGUUGGCCAUUCAUCGUCGCAACGAAACGUUUCUCCGUACUUUGAAAUGUUCGAUGAGCGUCAUGACACGUCACUGUUUCAAUAUGAUGAGUGCCAAAUGAACUACGUUCAGUGAUCCAUUGAACGUAACUCAUUCGACACUCACCACAUGAACGGCAAGCUGCCAAUUCCUGUAUCGUCUUCAUCAGGAAAGAAUUGGAUUCAAACCUUCCAUUCUACAGUUUCAGUCAUUUUGCAAGGAGACGGAGAAGAGCCGGAUGCAAAAUUUAGCAUUUUGAAAGUGAUCCACCCCGGUCAAGCGCCAUCGUCAUCGUCGUCAAUGCGUUUCAUAGUGUUCGUUCAUAGGGAAAAGUUUUAGCAGUGAUUUUGUGCGCGUGUUAGUGUGAACCGAAAACAAAUACUAGAAUAGGUAUGUACUUUCGGGAAGUAUUGUUUAUUGUUUGGUAACUAGAUUAACCUAGAAAAGCUCAUUAUUUUCUCGUGGAAAAAAGUUUCAAUGCAGUAUGAUAUUUUAAUACUUUAUGGAAAUCGGUUUUCCCUAGGAAAGGUUUGGAUAAAGAACUUUUGACGAUACUAUGGUGUAGUUAUUCCGUAAAUUUAAACAGGUGAUUUCUAAUCGAUAAUCGAUUGUCAAGUAGAUAAAUAGUGACUUGAUUUUUAUACUAGUAAAAGUACGGAAACUCAAGAAUUGUAUUUGGUAAUGCAUAAAUAUUUCGGAAACAGUCAAUGUCGAGAAGGCUGGCAACACUUUUCAAAUACUCAUCGGUAUCGUAGUAAUACUGGAUCCAUAUUUGUCAACCUUGACGUAACAGUGAAGAAUGGCGAAGAUUCUUAUCUAGGCUGAUGAUGUGCCUUUGCUUUUUAUAUUCUUCAAGAGUUGCCAGUUUUUUUGAUUAGGAUCAUUCUAAUGAAAACCAUCCAUUUAAAUACCGUCAGGGGACUAUUAGCCGCUCACCAUUUAAAAAAAACUAUUCUGGCACCAUUAUGUCCAAUUUACUUCACACGGAUAUUCUUCACCAAUAGUGUUGUGAAUAUCUAUGAGAAAACGAUUGUAUUUUUGCAAAUAAACAUCAAUUCAACGUUUGUGAGCGGCCACUGGUACACUGACGGUAAACGUCGCUGACAGCCUUAUGGGAAAGGACUGAAAAUAUUUUGCUGUGUGCCUCGUUAAAAAAAAACGAAAGACCUUACGCGUGUAUGUGUGAAAUUCCCUUUAAAUGCUCCCAAAAAACCUUAUAGCUUCUAAGCAAACAAGUGCAUCUUCCUAGCAAAACGAACCAAUCUUUACUAAGGAUUAAUCCAAACGCCACUAAAAUAUGCCUCCGCUCUUCACUAAAACUGUAGCUCGUAAGCGAAUGCGAAUUGACUCUGUGAUUUUGUUUUCUUGUUUUAGCGAUUUAUAUAAUUAGAUCUUAAGCUUGUUUAGUUUUAAGUUUCUUUUUUUCCAAAAUGUUGUUAUUAUGAUUUGCAGAAAGGAAACGGUGACGCGGAAUUUUAAACACAUUUUUCGACCAGAUAUUUCAAUUUUCUUCCUAAUGACCAGACUAAUCAGUAAUAGCGUAACGAAGUGCCCAGUGAUGAAGAUGAUUUUUUAUAAACUCGCACCUUAUUUUCCCAGAGGCUUGGCUCAAACCAAAGAGAUUUCUCCUUGUAAAAUAAUCUAAUUCUAAAUCUGAGUCAUGUACUAAAGCUAGGUUUAACUAUGAGGCUUUUUCUCUUUAAAGUGUCAUCGUUUCAACUUUGAUUAAGUUGUUUUUAAUAACUCGGAAUUGAAGAAAAUUUUU